AUGUCAUAUGAAAUCGAUGAAUUCGUCCAAGACAUUGCCGACGGAACAAAAUUUAAAAUUCUCGCAGAAUUGGGUUCUGGCGUUUACGGCAAAGUGUACCGAGUACAAUUAAACCAAGGAACCCUAGCAAUGAAGGUUUUUAAAGCAUCCAACUCGAAUCCCGAAACUCACUGGAAAGAGGAACUUGAGGGAAAAAUCGUCGAUACAAUCGGCAUUUUAGCUAUUGUCAAGUUCACCGACGCUUAUAUUAGGAUCGGCGACUUUGGAUGCAGCGAGAUUUUCGAUGCGAAUCAUCGCAUGGAGUUCAGAGCGUCGAUGGAUGCUCAAACUCAAAAUUAUCGGGCUCCCGAAGUCUUUUUAGGUCUCGGAUUUGACAGUAAAGCGGAUGUGUGGUCCUAUGGAUGUGUGUUGUCGGAAAUGUACACAGGCGAACUUUUAUUCUUCGGCUACGCUAAUGGUGGAGAAGAAGUUCAAUUAGAUCUGAUUCAAUCGGUGCUCAGAGAACCAAUCCCACAAAUCAUGUUUGAAAGAGCUUUUGAUCUUGGAAGCACUAAAGUCGUCCGAUCCGCAUCGACAGGUCGAGUCACUCUGACAAAACGUAACACAUCGUUCCAAACGAUUAAACCGAUUUACAAGAACAUCCGAUUCGGUGAUUAUGAAGCGAUUCCAUUAUUCUGUUUAAUCUUGUCAACCCUUACAAUCGAUCCCGGAAGUCGUCCAACAUUCACCGAGAUUCUCGAGCACGAGUACUUUGCAUCAUGA